UUGAAAGACCUACAAAACGACGACCAAAUAAUCAUAUUACCAGCUGACAAAGGACGCAAAACAGUUAUCAUGGACAGAUCAGAAUACAUCGACAAAGCCAAAACCCUCCUACAAGACACCACCACCUACGAACUUCUCCACAAAGACCCCAGCAAAACGACCACCAACCGCAUCAACCAGAAACUGAAACAUUUAAAAGACAAAAAGAAACUAAACGAAAACGACUACAGAAGAAUCCGACCCAAUGACGCAUCCACCGCCAAAUUCUACGGACUACCAAAAAUCCAUAAAGAAAACAACCCACUUCGACCUAUCGUAUCGCUUCCAGGAUCACCUUCGUAUGAACUUUCAAAAUAUCUUUAUAACAUUCUGUAUCCAUUAGUCAAAAAUUCACCUCACACCAUUAGAAAUGCCACCCCCUUCCUCGCCAAUAUUGAAAACAUUAAACUACGACCAGACGAAAUCAUGAUAUCCUAC